AUGUCGGACCCGGGUGGCGACGAUCGCAAACAUACAGAGAUAGAUGAUAGGGGAGGAGAUCACGUUGAACAGAUGAGGGGAGAAAAUGAACCAGCUUUGGACGAUCCCGAUCACGCCCUAUUUGAACUACCACACACUACCACUUUUGCAAAUCCGCAGCCGACGCAGUCCUCAGCAGCAUUAUGGUCAAAGAGACCUGCUCAAAGCGAAUAUGAUACUGAAGCUACGCCAGGCCCAAGUAGGCCCAGAUUCGGGGAAGAAAGCAUCGAAGAUAGGAUCACUGCAAUCGGCACAGAUCUAAUCGCUGUACCCGCCCAGCAGCAAACAGCCCCUCGCAAUGAGCCACUUAUCGAUUUUGAGACCACUAUUGAGACCACUAUGGUGAAUUUCUUCGGCAGAACUAAACCUCCAGAGAAAAUCCGAAAAAGUAUUCCCACAUUAUUCGACGAACCACUUGGCCCUCUCCAAGAUCCUCUAGGAAAGAAAGAACAAGACAUACCAAUCUUCCGCUGGAUUCAUUUACCUGCCAACAACAUGGUUUGGGUGGAGACAUUAGUGAAAAAGAUUUAUGCAGAACAGAGGCAAGUGCACACUUACAACUCAGACGAAAACCCAGAGGACAUGUGGGAAGCCAAUCAACGGUCUCUUGCGGAGUAUUUGCUGGCUCCGCAACGAUGGACUUGUCGCCAAUAUGACAACCCUGAAGGGUCCCCUGGCGCAAGAUUCAUGAAACCCCUUUUAGCUAAAAUACGCAAAUCUAACGUAUCUACUACUGACUGGGUAGUCUUCAUGCCGUAUCUUCAUUGGGAAAACUUCUCUGCAUAUCGCAGAAGGCUCCAGAGUAUAGACGCUGCCGUUGAGGAGAUUGAUCUCGAGAGGCGUAGCCAACCGUCAGCGGAAAUUUUAAGUCCAUAUACCACAGCCAAAUGGAAGCGCCAAAUGGCAAUGUACCAGAUGCAAAAAUUCAGACGAGGAGAUGUUGCAGCACCUCCCAGCACAAGUGGCAAAGCACCUACCGACCCAAGUGGCAAGCGAGCAGCUAUACAAGCACCUGGUAAUGCGGAAUCGAACUUAAUUCGAAAAUACCUCGACUAUCGUGGAGGAGAGUUUCGAGUGAAAGGCGGUAGAAUCGAGGACAACAGUCCAUUGCUACUCCAACCGCUACAUCUCCGGCGAACCCUAGAUAGAUCGUACUAUUACACUCUUGAAGAUCACGAAAUCCGGAAACGGGAUGUUGAUCAGGUCCUUUAUCGGCACACUUAUGACGAACUCGAAUUGUAUGAUCCGAUGUUGAUCAUGGUAGACCAACUUUGGCUGUGGGUGAUCGACGAUAGGACAAUUGUGACCGCCUUUCCCCAACGAUCGCGAAUUGACAGCGAAUUAGCCUCGCCAACAACUGCAACAACUGCUACAACUGUAGAAACUGGACCUACUGUGGCCACUGCAACUACUGCAACUACUGCAACAACCCUAUCAGCAGCAUCCCUUCCACUAAGAGCACGUGGUUUCGUUCCUCCACUUACUCCAACCAAUCCAACGAAACUCGCCGAGGAGUUUUAUCGGGAUUUCAAUAAGCCGACUCGGGACGAGUCAAAACAUAGCACGCCAGAACCGAAUUCAGUGUUUACUGCGGCUCCUGAUAAGACAGACGUGCGAGAGCGGAUUCUGAGCGCCAUUCAGGGUGAUCACAAAGACAUUGAUACGGCACAGAAAUUUGCCUGUCUGGUCAUGGACAAGUGUUCUGGGGUCUUCUUCCCUGAAGCUAGCGAAGAGGACGACUUGCUAGACUUUCUCGAUGUUUUUGCGAUCUCAAUCGCGCGGUUGGCAUUCAACCAGGCGCAGGCUUUCAAUGACUUCUGCGAGGACUCUAGACGUCCGUCUAAUCGAAAGAAGUAUCAACUCCCGAACAACCCAUCCGACAAGGAAUUGCGAAAGCGUGUGGAGCACCAUCAAACCUGCCCGAAUUGUAAAAAGACGGCAGUCGAUAAAUUCUGGUACCGUUCUGAAGAUUCAUUGCAUCCCGAAGGUCAGUCCUUGCCAGAUCAGGAGGGCAGGACGCUCGAACAUUCUGCAACACCAAGAUAUGAAGAAGAUACCACCGUGUCAAGAAAACAGAAGAGCCUCGUUGAUAUUUCGGAGGAAACGGAAUAUGUCAAAGAGAUUAAGGAUAUCUUGGACGAGCUCAAUUCAAUGGCCCGGGUUUUCGAGCAGCAAAAGGAUAUCUUGAAGAACCGGAAUCCUACCAACAAUGAUGACCUAUAUACUAUGGAUGAUCAGACUUUGGAUUUGAUAUAUGUUCAAGGGAGGGUUUCAGAGCGACUGGAUAAGAUCACACAACUCCAAAAUGACGCAAAUCGGGUUUAUAGCGCGCUGCGCGACCUACUGGAUCUCAAGCAGAAACAAGCGAGCGUUAAGCAAACGGAUGACACUGCUCAGCAAGGUCUCACGAUUCUGGUGUUCACCAUUGUGACCAUUUUCUUUUCACCACUUGGGUUUGUUGCAGCGAUAUUCAGCAUGAAUGCUUCAGAGAUCAACGGUACACAAGGUCGACCUUUAAGUCAUAUCUGGAGGAUUAUGUUCCCCGUAACUGUCGCAGUCUUAAUCCUAUCACUUCUCCUCGCCUUCGCUAUCAACCCUGUCAUGAAUUCGUUCUCAAAAGCCAUGGACAGAAUCUGGCAGCUCUACACCAAAAACUUGAAAUGGCAGCAGAAACACCUCGGAACGGUGUCGAGCCCCUCGAGUGGCAGUAGCACCGCACGGGACGAUACGCACAUGUCUGGAGGUCUCAAUCUGGAAGCUGAGGAUCGCAACCAGAGGUGGGGCAUGCCGAGAUUGAGACCCACAAAGAAAGGGGUAGAAACUUCAAAGGCCUAGUUAUUGGCGAUCUCAUGGAGUUGGGGCAUCUUCAUGAAGCGGGCGCAGAUGAAGUGGUGGUAUCAGACUAGCUUGAAAUCGACGUACUGUCACAUGUGAAGGGUAAUCAAGUGGAUUAGUG